ACUUCCAUAUUCGCUAGCACGCUGCAAUAUGAAGCUCCUCUUCACCGCCGCUGCCGCGCUCAUGCUCCACUUACAACCCGCGGAUGCAUACUGUCCCAACGGGUGCAACGCGCAAGGGACGUGCGGGGCAAACGAUAAGUGCACGUGCUACCUGCGUAACGAUGACUCGAUCGCCAACAACAUUGAAGCUAUGUACGCUGGCGCCGACUGCUCCCUCCGGACAUGUCCUCGCGGCCUUGCGUUUGUGGAUGUCCCGACUGCCAAUAACGUCGCCCACGCCCCGUCCGAGUGCUCGAGCCGCGGGUUGUGCGACUACUCGACCGGGCUGUGCCAGUGCUUCCCCGGCUAUGAAGGCAAGGCAUGCGAACGCACAGCGUGCCCGAACCAGUGUAGCCGCCGCGGCAUCUGCUUGACUCUCAAGACGAUCAUCUCAUACGGUCCAUCCCCUCCGACAUACGCUGGAUGGGACGCCGACAAGCAACUGGGGUGCAUCUGCGAUUUGGGGUACCGCGGGCCAGACUGUUCCAUCAAGGAGUGUCCGAGUGGCCCGGAUGUCCUGCUCGGCCACGGAGCGAAAGAAGGCCGUGAUUGCGGUGGCCGUGGCAAAUGCGACACCCAGACCGGGACGUGUGUGUGCUUUCCUGGGUACUACGGCACGUACUGCUCGUUCCAGAGCACGGUGCAUUAAGUCGAAGAAGCAGCGGUGGCCGGUUGCGGCGUGUGUGGCGGGGCAUGUGUCGCUGGUCACUGGCGGGCGUCUCUAUCCGUUCCACAUGUUUGUCUUCGGUUUUCCAUUGCUUGAAACUCGCCAUCGACUUGUAACCGGCUCGUGGUAAUACAUCCAAUUCGUCA